CUGCAGCUGACGACCAUUUCUGAGGGUCACGUUCUGCCGACCGACCUUCGCACUGUCACCUUGAAGCUGCUGUUCACACAUCCUAUACCUAUACCCCCUCUUGUCGCUACCAGGAGCACUGUCACUGUUACUUAGGGAGACUUCCCCCCCAACAUCCUAGACUUUGACGUCGACUAAAAGGAGGUCAUUUCCUCCGAACAUGGUAGCGCGUCGCGUGCUCACUCUUCUCUCGGCUCUCGACGAGGCCUCGCUGACGUCGCUGCUGCAGCAGCAUGGGGUGAAGGAGUCGCACGGCCGGACCAUAAUUAGCCAUGUCAUCAGGACACGUGGCCUGGGUUCAUUCACUGACAUUCCGAAGCUACCCCAGCCUCUAUACUCGCUACUGGAAGAUUCGUUUGCAGCUUGCUCGUCAGAAGUCGUGGACGAGCAAACAUCACAGGAUGGCGAUACCACUAAACUCUUGAUAAGGCUACAGGACGGGUUAACUGUUGAAGCGGUGAUUAUGCGUUACGAUGCGUCAGAGGGACGUUACAACGGCUACCAGCGGCCAGGGGGAGAGAGAGCCACGCUGUGCGUGUCUUCUCAGGUGGGGUGUGCCAUGGGGUGUUCCUUCUGUGCCACGGGCACCAUGUCUCGCCCCACCAGCCUCACAGCAGGGGAGAUCCUCGAGCAGCUGCUGCUGGCCUCGCAAAGAGCUCCAAUCCGCAACGUUGUCUUCAUGGGAAUGGGCGAGCCCUUCAACAACCAUGCUGCGGUGAAAGCAGCAGUUGAAUUGAUGGUUGCUCCCUAUGGCUUUCACUUGUCCCCCAACCAUAUAACAGUCUCCACAGUGGGCGUGGUUCCUCGCAUCCGCUCCUUCGCGUCUGCCUUCCCCUCGGUCAAUCUCGCUCUCUCGUUGCACGCCCCCUCGCAAGCCCUCCGGAUCUCCAUUGUUCCAUCGGCUCGGGCCUAUCCAUUGGAAAAGGUCAUGCAAGCUAUUGACGAAUACCAAAGGGACAGUGGCCGGCGAGUCUUUAUCGAGUACAUCUUGCUAGGAGGGGUCAAUGAUGGCAUCAACAUUGCACACGAGCUUGGGACAUUGCUACAAUCACGCGAUGUGGUGGUUAAUCUCAUUCCAUACAAUCACACGGACGUAGUAGCUCAGUAUCGCCCUUCCACCCCUGAGGCUGCAGAAGGCUUUCAGAAGGUGUUACGGGGAAGUUACGGGCUGCGCACCACUAUCAGGCGCGAGAAAGGGAAUGAUAUUGCAGGAGCUUGUGGUCAACUGGCAGUUAAAGCUGGAACGGGUGGGGACUCUCGGGUUUUAAGUGAGGGGAUUAAAGAGGGGGUUGAUGCUCUUAUGGGUGUUGAAGGGGAUUCCCUCAGCAAUGGCAAAACAUGUGGUAGUAGGGGAGGCGUUAGGGCGGAGAAAAAGGCUUGCGGAGGCGCAAAUGGUACCUUGCUAGAUAUUGAAGACAUUGGUUGAUUUCGAUUCAAAAGUGUAUUGAAUCUUGAAAUAUCCAU